AAAUUUCUGAAGUGGCAUGCUGUGGCUUCAUGGACCUGGGAUGCUCAGGACGAAACGUGUGGGAUCUGUAGAAUGGCUUUCGAUGGCUGUUGUCCGGACUGCAAAUUUCCUGGCGACGACUGCUCGUUGAUUUGGGGUGCCUGUAACCAUGCUUUCCAUCUUCAUUGCAUACUCAAAUGGGUUAACUCACAGACACCUCAACCACACUGUCCAAUGUGCCGCAGAGAAUGGCAGUUUAAAGCUUAAACUUCUUACAAGUUUGCCAUAAUCUAGAGAGCCUGAAGAACAUUUUGAUGUGUUCUUGAGUUCAAAAGUUCUUGUACCAUACACAAAUGUCCAUUUCUUUUGCCUAUGUCUUGAUCGUAUUCCCUAGGAUGAACCUAAGAAGGUAUGUCAUAGGGUUCCCUUUGAUGGACAGUGUUCAAUAUUUUGUUGAUGCCCUAACUUCAAAAUCUUACAUGUACUUGUGCUUCAGUGUUGAACAUUUUACAGCAUUCUUGAGUACACUAUCUGAACUUCGACCACAUCACCCAUUGCUUCAUGGUUGAAGAGAGUUGGAGCUUUUGUUGCGGUCAUCUUUGCUUGAGUUGGAACGAUACUUGACGAUCGUUUAGCGACAUUUGUGGAGCCAUAAACUAGCACAGGUUUGGAGGAUGUUGAGAGGAUGACACUAAGUGGGUUUAGAGGAUGUCUCAGAUUAUUCAAGUUACCAUAUCAACUCAAACAUAUUAAUUUUCUGAAUUGUGUUAUUUAUAUUAAUAAUAAAAUUAUACAAGUGAUAUAAUAUUUA